AUGCCCUCCACUGAGCGCUGCCGAUCGGAAGGGUCGCGCGUGGGUGACGUAGGCUACUCUUUUGUGUUUGUGGCCCACACAGCCUUGUUCUUUGAGCUAUCUACGCGGCGUACCAUGUCACGCCAUCAUCCCUACGGUGGCUACGACGAAGGCCAAGGUCGUGGGCGGAGAUCACGUCGUGGUGGUGGUGGGCGAUACGAGGCGCGCGGUGGUCACGGAUACGCCUCGUCAGAGUCAGGUGGAUCGUAUGGCGCCUAUGCACCAUCGCCCUCGUUUGCCGAGCAUCCAGGUAUGUUCCCCCCCUGGAGCACACCAUUCCCACCGAUGCCGAUGCCGAUGCCGUACGGUAUGCCACCUGCGUUCCCUCCAACGUUCCCCAUGUACGCGCCUGGCGCCUGGGGUGACGUGUCAGACAUGCAUGGCGGUGGAGCUGCCAUGCCUUGGGGAGGUGGACACUACUCUCGCGGGGGACGUGGCGGCCCCUCCCAUGAGCGAGAUCGGCGGCGGGGGGGUCGUGGUAGUGGGUCUCGUGGCGGAGGCAGGGGUGGUCCACGUCCUCGCUUCACACGCAGUGUCUACCAACCUGAUCCGAAUGCAGAGCGUCCCGAAGACAAUAAGCCCUGCCGUACAUUGUUUGUGCGCAAUGUAGCUUUUGAGGUGGAUGUACAGGCGUUGCGGGCCGAUUUUGAGUCCUUUGGUGAGAUUCGGACGUGGUUCGAUAUAAUUCAGCGACGAGGUAUGCUUUUUGUCACGUACUACGACACGCGGGCUGCAGAGAAAGCAAAGUAUACGAUGAACCUAAAGUCCUAUGUGGGACGUGCUCUAGAUGUGCAUUUCAGUUUACCAAAAGACGAGGAUCAGCAGCAGCAUUGUGAUCGUGAGAAGAAUCAAGGCACCCUAUUCGUGGUGGUCAACGAUGCGUCAGAACCUGUGACAGAAGAAGUGUUUCGAGAAAAGUUUGCGCCUUUUGGCGACAUUCGGGCGAUUCGUAUGUACAAGGAACAGGCCCAUACGCGCUUUGUGGAGUACUGGGACAGUCGUGCAUGUGUGGCAGCGUAUGACGCUUUGCAGGAGACAGAAUGGCUGGGCGGUCAGAUGCAGCUCAAAUUUGCUUGGGACCUAGCGACGGUGUCGCUGGUCCAUGAUGCGCGCACACGUAGUGAGGCCAAAGCUGCCGCGGAGGCACGUGCAAAAGAAGCACCUGGUCAGGCACCGACGGCGCCUCCGACCGAAGUGGCAGCGCCGUGGCCAGCGUAUCCGUCGAGUGGCGCACCUGAUGAGCGACUCGAGCAAGCGCAAAAAGUGCAGCAGCUUCUGGCUUCUAUUGGCACACUUCCAUCUACCAGUACUGACCCGGCUACUACGACAGAGGUGGUUCCCGCCGAGACGCUGGAGGGUGGCGGCGCUGAGGGCCCUAGCACCGUGGCUGUGCAUGACGCCACGCCGGAGGAAGGCGCCAUCGUAGCAGCGCCGACUUCGCCAUCCCCUCCGCCCGUGUCGCAGGCAGAAACACAAGUGUCAGAGGUGCUUCUCGAGGGUGAAGAGCCCUGA